AUGCGAAUUCUUCCGAGGAGAGCUUUGGCUUAUAGCCAGCCGGGUUUCACAAUAUGCCGCAGUGGUGGCCGGCUACAUCGGCGACAGUUUGCGACCUCGCUUUCCCCUCCACCUCCACCUGCAUCGGGAUUUGCGGCUUUGACAUCACGACGACUCAUAUCUGUUACUGGGCCUGAUUCGGCAAAGUUUCUACAGGGGAUUAUCACGGCGAAUGUGACGACAAAAGAUGGACUGCCGAGGACUGAUGGUUUCUACGGUGCUUUUUUGACUGCUACAGGCAGAGUCUUGUACGAUGUCUUUGUCUAUCCCAACCAUAACUCUCCCGGGCUUUCAUCCGAGGAGCCGGCGUAUUUGAUUGAGGUUGAUGCAGGCCACGCCCCGACGCUGGCCAAGCAUAUCAAGCGUUAUAAACUCAGAGCGAAGUUAACUGUUCGUUUACUGGGUGAGGAUGAGGCGUCUGUGUGGCAUACUUGGGAUGACUCGAAUGGUGCGAACUGGGACUCGAUUGUCAAGUCGACGAAUCUGUCUCUUCAGGACCCACGGGCACCAGGAUUAGGAUACCGACUCUUGCAACUGGACCAAAACACGCCGCAAGUCGACCUCGAAAAGACUACCGAGGAAGCUUACACAAUACGACGCUAUCUCAAUGGCAUUGCUGAAGGACAGGAUGAAAUCUCGAAAGAGCAUGCCCUUCCACAGGAAACAAAUAUGGACAUUAUGAACGGCAUUGACUUCCACAAAGGUUGCUAUGUCGGCCAGGAACUCACUAUUCGUACAAGACACCGUGGUGUAGUUCGCAAGCGAAUCUUGCCAUGUGUAGUCUACGAGACAGAGCAUGCGGCUCCAACAACACUGCAGUACCACGCGGAUGGUGCAGCCUCAUCUCUUGAAAGCGUGACCGCGGACAUGAUACCGCGGGACACAAGCAUCGGCCGGUUCGAGAAGAGAGGUCGCAGCGCGGGCAAGUGGCUCAAGGGUGUGGGCAACAUUGGACUCGGGUUGUGUCGCCUGGAGAACAUGACUGAUGUGACACUGCCGGGUGAUGCGGCAUCAGGAGCGUUUAAUCCCGAGGACGAGUUCGUGCUGGACUGGGGCGAGGAAGAGAGCCGCAAUAGAGUCAAGGUUAAGGCCUUUGUACCGGAUUGGUUGAGGAAGGGACUUGAUGCUGAGCAUUCAAGGCAUCAGAAGUAG